ACCAUCAACAUCAGCGCCGCCAUCAUGUGCCAGUUCUGCAAACCCCCGCAGCUGGAGGCCACCAAGGGCUGCACGGAGUGCAAGUCCAGCUUCUGCAAUGAGUGCUUCAAGCUCUACCACCCCUGGGGCACCCAGAAAGCCCAGCACGAGCCCACGCCCCCCACCCUCACGUUCCGCCCCAAGGGGUUGAUGUGCCCGGAGCACAAGGAGGAGGUGACUCACUACUGCAAGACCUGCCAGCGGCUGGGGGGUCAGCGCCGCACGGUGCGACCGUUUUUUGUGCGACGCACUCACACCAGCCACAAGAUCACCCCGGUGCUCAGCGCCUACCAGGCCCUCAGGGAGAAGCUGACGAAGAGCCUCGCUUACAUCCUGAGCAGCCAGGACACGGUGCAGACCCAGAUUGCUGAGCUGGAGGAGACAGUGAAGCACACGGAGGUGAACGGCUCGCAGGCCAAGGAGGAGGUGUCGCAGCUGAUCCAGGGGCUGUGCACCAUGCUGGAGGAGAAGCGGGCCACCCUGCUGCAGGCGAUCGAGGAGUGCCAGCAGGAGCGGCCGGGGCGGCCGCACCCCCCGGCCAGCCUGCACUGCCAGAUCCAGGAGCACCAGGCCAUGCUGGAGAACUCGGGCAUGGUGGGCUACGCCCAAGAGGUGCUGAAGGAGACCGAUCAGCCCUGCUUUGUCCAGGCUGCCAAGCAGCUGCACAACAGGUACUGGGCCACGGCCUCCUUCAGCCACUUCCAGCUGGAUGUCAGCAGGGAGCUGAAGCUGCUCACCGACCUGGCAUUCAUCCGAG